CUUCAGACUUCGGGCACGACAGUGCAUGCCACUGCUCACUCGAUCACAGACCAAGGCCAUGAACCAGAAGGCGGGAGAAUCCCUCCUGGCCUAUGAGGAACGCCUGGCUGCAUUCAUCCAGGAGGCCAACGAUAGGGCCGCCGCCGCGGCCAAGGAACGGAACCGGAUUGAGCAAGAAGAGGAGACCAAGCGACAGCAGGAGGAACAGGACCGACUUCGUCAAGAGGAGGCAGACCUGCAGGCUGCAGUUGAACACCGGUCAUGCCAACGGGAACGACUGUUCACGCGGGAGACCGCAAUCGGUGACGAAACCGCACAAUGGGUGGAAAUGGCAUCUGCGGACGAGGCCUCGGAGACCGACAAAGGGCUGUCAGCCGUUGCGCAGAUCUCCCACGACCUCGUGGCCACCUGCACUCUGCAGCAGGAGGAAAUUCUUCGCCUGCAGCAGACAGUGGACCAGAUGCUUGUACGGCUGCAACAGCCAGUCGCUGCAGCAGCCGCAGGGCCUUCCAACCUUGCCACCCGUGCUCAACCCGGUACAAAGCCAACCGCGGACAAGAUUCAAGCCAUCCAGGAGUGGCCCGAGUCGAGGAACGUGACGGACGUCCGAUCCUUUCUCGGCUUGGCCGGUUAUUAUCAGCGCUUCAUCAAGGGUUCCUCGAAGAUUGCGGCCAACCUAAGCAAGUUACAAAGCGAGGAGCGGCCUUUUGACUUCGACGACGACGCGCGUCGUUCUUUUGAAACACUCAAAGCGGCACUCUUAUCCCCCGAGGUGUUACAUAUUUACGACCCGCUUCUAGCUACGCGCGUCACUACCGAUGCGUCGGGCAAUGGCAUUGGGGCCGUCCUUGAGCAGCACGAUGGCACGGACUGGCACCCGGUCGAGUACUUUAGCAAGAAAGUGUCUCCCGUGCAUUCGAUCGACGACGCACGAAAGAAGGAGUUUCUUGCCUUCGUCCACACCCUCAAGCGUUGGCGGCAUUUCCUCCUUGGUCGGCAAGCAUUCCGAUGGGUAACGGAUAACAAUCCGUUGGUAUUCUACAAGUCACAAGACACGAUUAAUAGUGCCAUUGCCCGUUGGAUGGCUUUCAUCAACCAGUUUGACUUUUUCCCCGAUCACAUUCCCGGGAAGUCAAACCGUUUUGCGGACGCCCUCUCACGGCGACCGGAUCUUUGCACCGCAGUCUACUCUACCUUCGAGAUUGACGACGACUUGCGGGAGAGYUUCAUCCGCGGCUAUCAAGCCGACCCCCACUUUCGCAACAAGUACGCGAAUUGCUCCUCUCCGAAUCCGGUGCCUUUGCAUUAUCGGAUCCAAGAGGGCUACUUACUUGUGCAUUCACGGGGUCAGGAUCUUCUUUGUGUGCUGAGUGAUUCACACUUGCGCACACGGCUUCUUGGCGAGUUUCACGAUGCGCCCGCCUCCGGACAUUUUGGUGUCAAYCGUACACUUGGCCGACUUCGCCAGUGGUUCUAUUGGCCCGACCUUCUCAAGGACGCCACCCGCUAUUGUGAGUCGUGCGAAGUCUGUCGGCGUUGCAAGUCCCGCAACCAUCGUCCGUUCGGCGAGCUACACCCACUACCAGUUCCCCUUGGGCGACGGAAAGCAAUUGCUAUGGAUAUCACCGGCCCCUUCCCGAAGCACAAGACCGACGUUGAUGGGAUCCUCACGAUCGUCGACCGCCUCACCAAGUACGCCAUGUUUUUGCCUUGCCGCUAUCACGCAAAGGCACCGGAGUUAGUCGAGGUCUUAUACACCGGUUGGAUUCGCUCCAAGGGCUACUCCAAGGAGAUCAUUUGCGACCAGGACACUCGCUUUCUCUCCAACUUUUGGGUCGCCCUCGUCAAGCGAUGGGGCUCAUCUUUGAAGCCGAGUUCGGCUCGCCACCCACAAACCGAUGGUCAAACGGAAAGUGCGCAUCAGACCGCUCAAGUCCUUCUACGCACUCUCAUCCGCCCCGACCAGGUUGUUUGGGUUGAGCACUUGCCAGACGUUGAGUUGGCUUACAACUCAUUGAUCCAUCCGGCUAUCGGGAUGUCGCCGUUCGAGUUCGAGCAUGGUUCACCCAUCUCAUCGCCACUGGACGCCAUUUUGCCGCGCACAACCGAGAGCAACGACCAUCUUGCGUUCCUUCGUCGCAUGCAAGAGCUCCUUGUCAAGGCACGGGAUCAGAUGUCAAAGACGCAACUCGCUUCACCAGCACUUCCGCCUGCUCUACCAAGUGCCUGAAUGCCUGCCUCGUAGCCCAGCCCUUUCCUAGGGGCUCGUUGCCUCUCGU